GCUCUAGCUCUAGGUGGCAGAGAUGAGUGUGUCUGCACGAGACAGAGCCGUGACCUCGAAUCAGGACGAGGUAUAUAAUCAAUUCGGCACUCGAUCGUCGCCGGGACGAGGACAGACGAUUUCGGGAGGACUUGAUAAGGGCGGGGAUGAACAACAUGAAAUUGAGAAGCUUGGAGUGGUAAGAGCCUCGCGCGAUGGCACACGACGUCAAUUUGGACGACGAGGGUCUGAGCCUGAGGCUCGUGUACCUGGCGGCGUGGACCGCCGCCGGGAAUGGCCGAAGAAGCCAAUCGAAUUUUGGAGUAAUCUCUAGUCGAGUCCGGCCUUCGCCUCAAGAAACAAUUUUGAUUUGUGAAUCGUUUCACGUGCCUUCCAACCAUGUUCAAACGUCUGCAACAUGGACACACGUUUGAACAUGGGUAGUCGCCAUGUUCUAUCGGGGAAUGGUUUCCUUCCUGAGUUGAGUGUUUCCAAAUCUAAUCUACUGCGGAGACAGCCAUUUUCCUCAGCGGAUCCUCAGCACCGAGAGUAUAUUCUAUGUAGACACAGGAGAUAUUCUAAUCUGGUGCUGGAUCAACGAAAAGUUGGUGAAAUUGAUCGGUUGGGUGUACUUUGUUGAGCUAAUCUGUUGUUUAUGCAAAUCUGGAUUGCUUCUAGAUAGCCUCAAGAGAAGAAAUAUCACAAUUAUUUGGAUUGUAUUAUAGAUGGCUUCUGUCUCUAAUACAUCUUUGGAUCGAGGAUUAAAUCCAUCGGAGAAUUUCAAGACCAGAUUUACAAGGUUUGUUACAGGUCCUUGCCACCGAUUCUUCUGAUUCUUGCUAGCCAUGUGAUUCCUCAGCGAGUCGCACGGCCAUCACUGAUUCUAGUUCAAGCUUCUUUUCGAGACGACUUGAGGCCGACGAAAGUUCAUGCCCAAUCUGUGGACAAACCUAGCUUACUGUGGAAC